AUGGAACCAACGGGAAAAACUGUCGAGGUCUUUGGGUCCGCCCCAUUGCUGGACGAAGGGAAGGGUAGCAUGUCCCAACCAGGAGACAACAAACCGUACUACACCACAGCCACGACCACAUAUCGAAAAUACAUUUGGAAGAAUGCCUACAAGUUCAUCCGCUUCCUCAUAAUCUUCGGCUUUGUCGGUAUCAUACUGGCCAUCCCGGUGAUUGUAAUUGGCAACAAAGACAUCAUCAAGAAGGAAGAUGCCCUCGACGACGAACAGUUCUUCGCGCAGAGGUCUGAAAAGACAGUCUACUACAUCUUCGUGUGGCUUCUGGUCACUUGGGUCUGCUUCGCCAUUACGUAUAUCUUUGCGAGUGCCUUGCCGUACAUCUUCAGGCUGGUGGCACGUUAUGUGAACCCGGCACAUAUGCGCUAUUGGCGCAUCAUCAGGACAUUGCGACGCCCUAUCUGCAUCUUUGUCACCAUCUGCUGCUCCUAUAUUGCGUACAUUAUUACUGUCUGGGUAGAUCGUCUUGAGCUUGCCAUGAUCUACGAUCUUCCCGAAGGCGAUGUCGGCUGGGUUGACCUAAUCGACGACUUCCUCGAGCAGGGCACCCUCUGGGCUGGCUUUUACUUUGUCUGGAAGAUCGUCAUGCUCUACAUCACCAUCCACUUCCACAGCCGCUCGGACCACACCAAGAUCGCCCACUCCAAGGAUAUGCACAACGCUCUCAUGGCGCUCUACGAGGCCUCGAUAUACCUCUACCCCGUUGGCACCCCCGAGUUCACCGAGGAGGACAUGAUGAUCAGCAACGCUACCAUGGCUGGACACGGCGAGCAUCGCAUUCGUGCCACUCGUUAUCUUGCCCGACUCGGGGUGGACUCGUAUGGCAUCACCUCCUUCUUCGGCAACUUCCUCUCGAGCGACCCCAAGUCCCACUGGCUCCAUCCUUCCUCGAGCUACGCCACUGUCGAGCGCGCUAUUGCGAACCCAAAGUCUGCUGCCGCAUUGGCACGUCGCAUCUGGAUGUCCAUGGUUUCUGUGGGCAAGACGACCCUCACCGCCGAGGACAUCGCCGAGGUUCUCGGCCCCUUCCGCAAGGAAGAAGCCGAAAGAUACUUCAAGGUCCUCGACGAAGCCGAAAUUGGCGACCUCAGACUGGAAGAAAUGGAGUGGACCGUCGCCGAAGCCGGCCGCAUCCGCCAAAACAUCUACAAGAGCAUGCACAACGCAGACCACUGCAUCAACACCUUCGACUGGGUCAUGCUCGCCGCCCUCGCCGCCAUAAUGGUCUACUUCAUCCUCAUCUUCUGGGUCCCCUCCCUGAAAUCAAUCCAAGAAACCGUCAAAUUCCUCGGCUUCGGCCUCACCUUCGCCGUCGGCCGAACCAUCCACCACUUCCUCGCAGGCUGCAUCUUCAUCCUCUUCGACCACCCCUACGACAUAGGCGACAGAGUCGAGCUCUGGUCCGGCCAGCAAAAACAAUCCGUCUCCUUGAUCGUCGUUAGAACCUCACUCCUCUACACAGUCUUCAAACGCGUCGACAACUGGAUGGAACUCCAAGCAGGCAACGAAUGGCUCCAGCAGUGCCGCAUCGAGAACGUCACCCGCUCCGGGUCGAACCGUCAAGCGGUAAGUUUCAAUAUUGACGUCAAGACCUCGUUCAAAGACCUCCAGUAUCUCAAGUCGGAGCUUGAGGCUUUCCUCAAGCAUCCAGACAAUAAGAGGGACUACCUCCCCAACCUCGCCCUCGCGAUUGUUGGGCUGGGGGAGAUGAACAUGCUUGAGAUGCGCUGCAUCGUUACGCACAGGUCGAACUGGUCUAAUGAACCGUUGCGCGCGGCGAGGAGUAUGAAGUUCAUGUGUGCUUUGGUCGCUAUCACGAGGCAGAUCCCGCUUGGUAGACCUGAUCAGGGGACGAUAGGGAGGGACUUUAACCCUGCCCACUAUGUCAUGAUGACGCCUGAGGAGGCUAAAAUGAAUGUUGAGAGUGUCAAGCAACAGGCGGAGGCUGACCGGUGGGAUUUCAAGAGUGGCGGUAGCAGUGGUGAUGAGCCUGUUAUUGAUCUGAGAGGUGUGUCGAGAGAUGGGGAUCUGAGCGAUGACGAGAUAAUCAGGAGGGCGAUGGAGGAUGCAGAGAAGAAGAGGGUUGAGACGGCGAGGAAGGGAGCUGAAGAGUUGGCUGCGAGGCAGGCGCUUGGGAAGCUGCCGCCUUUGCCGAGGGUUGGUCCUCCCCCGAGAGUGACGGGUGGAAGCCCGCCACCGAAAACUGGGAUGACCUCUGGGUUUGAUCCAGCAGGUGCUCAGGGUAGUGGGGGGCUGAGAAGUGUGCCACAUUAUAGGGUCUAG